AUGGUUUUAGUUCAAGAUUUAUUACAUCCAUCUGCUGAAUCAGAAUCUCAUAGACACAAAUUAAAAACCUUAGUUCAAGGUCCAAGAUCUUAUUUCAUGGAUGUUAAAUGUCAAGGUUGUUUAACCAUCACCACUGUUUUCAGUCAUGCUCAAACUGCUGUCACUUGUGAUAAUUGUUCAACUGUCUUAUGUACUCCAUCUGGUGGUAAAGCUAAAUUAUCUGAAGGUUGUUCCUUCAGAAAGAAGUAG